AUGACUCCUCCCUGGAGAUACCAGAGAGACCAGAGAGAGACCAGAGAGACCAGAGAGAGACCAGAGAGAGACCAGAGAGAGACAAGCCCAAGAACAAGAAGAACCAAGACAGGCCACACCGUGGUGGUGUCAGCUCAGGUACAUAUUUCAUUAUUUGCUAACAUUUAUACACAUUACAAUGCAUAAGCAUUUAGAACAUUUAUAAUUAUAAAGAAUUUAUAAGCAUUAAAGUUCAUAAUCAUUUACAUUUAUUGUAUUACAAGUAUUUAUAGGCAUGGAAUGCCUUCAGAAAGUAUUCAUUCCCAUUGACUUGUGUUACAUACAUACUUAAUUCAAAAUGGAUUAAAUUCAUUUUUGUUCUUACCCAUGUACACACAAUAAUAAUAAUAAUAAGUGAAAACAUGUUUUUAGAACAUUUUGCAAAUGUAUUUAAAAUGAAAUAGAGAAAUAUCUCAUUUACAUAAGUAUUCACACCCCUGAGUCAAUACUUUGUAGAAGCACCUUUGGCAGCGAUUACAGCUUUGAGUCAUCUUGGGUAUGUUUGUAUCAGCUUUACAUAUCUGGAUUUGGGGAUUUUCUCCCAUUAUUCCUUGCAGAUUUUCUCAAGCUCUGUUAAGUUAGAUGGGGAGCGGGUGUUAACAGCAAUCUUCAAGUCUUUCCACAUAUUUUCAAUGGGAUUCAAGUCUGGGCCACUCACAGACUUUCACGUUCUAGUUCUGAAGCCAUUGCAGCGUCGCUUUGGCUGUAUGCUUGGGGUCAUUGUCCUGUUGGAACGUAAAUCUUUAUAGGUAUUGUGUGUAGAUGGGUGAGAAAAAAGUAAUCUAUUUAAUACAUUUUGAAUUCAGGCAAACAAACAAAAUGUGGAAUAAGUCAAGGGGUAUGAAUACUUUCUGAAGGCGUAUUGUACAAACAUUUAUAUUGGCUUAUUCAUUAAGUUUCAUUUAAAGUGUAACCCUGGGUUUGUUUUAUCAGAAUGUACACAAACCAUACGCAAUACCUUUUCAAUAAUAACAUUACUGUCUCUUCUGACUGACUCUUCCCAAGCAUGGGCGUGAUCCAUCAAGCAGUGGCCAUGGCAACCCACAGAAGUCAGAGAGGCCGCCAGGCCGACACAGGAGCGCUAGCGGUGACUAUGACAAGUACAGCGACUACAGCGAAGACAAGUAUGACUAUGAGGGAGAGGGGGAUGAUUAUGAUGUGGAGGAGAUGUGGCAGGUGAAAGACUCAACGUCUCCUGGACAAGGCCUGGGCCAGAUGAAGUGAGGUGGCAUAAAAGUCAUGCAGAAGGUCAUGCAGAAACAGCAGUGUAUGUAUGGACUGUGUUGAAGGGUCUUGUCAAAUGGUAUUCAAGUUUGUCGAGGUUAACAGUCUAGUGGCUAUAGUAGUGUAAAGUGUGUGUCCAUUUUGGAUUUUCAUAUCACCUCUGACAAAUGUGGUUUUUAUUUUAUUGCAGCUUACAUAAAUGUUUUACAAAGAUCUACGUCUUAGAUCCUAUCGUUCUGACUUUUAAUGUAGCCAUGAAGUGCUUUGAAAGGUUGGUCAUGGCUCACAUCAACACCAUUAUCCAAGAAACCCUAGACCCACUCCAAUUUGCAUACCACCCCAACAGAUCCACAGAUGAUAAUAAUAAUAAUAUAAUAUAAUAUGCCAUUUAGCAGACGCUUUUAUCCAAAGCGACUUACAGUCAUGCGUGCAUAAUUUUUUUUGUGUACGGGUGGUCCCGGGGAUCGAACCCACUACCUUGGCGUUACAAGCGCCGUGCUCUACCAGCUGAGCUACAGAGGACCACUGUUAAGAUGAUGCAAUCUCUAUUGCACUCCACACUGCCCUUUCCCACCUGGACAAGAGGAACCCCUACAUGAGAAUGCUAUUCCUUGACUACAGCUCAGCGUUCAACACCAUAGUGCCCUCAAAGCUCAUCACUAAGCUAAGGACCCUGGGACUAAACACCUCACUCUGCAACUGGAUCCUGGACUUCCUGAUGGGCCGCCCCCAGGUGGUAAGGGUAGGUAACAACACAUCUGCCUCGCUGAUCCUCAACACGGGGGCCCCUCAGGGGUGCGUGCUCAGUCCCCUCCUGUACUCCCUGUUCACCCAUGACUGCAUGACCAGGCACGACUCCAAUACCAUCAUUAAGUUUACCGAUGACACAACAGUGGUAGGCCUGAUCACCGACAACGAUGAGACAGCCUAUAGGGAGGAGGUCAGACACCUGGCCAUGUGGUGCCAGGAUAACAACCUCUCCCUCAACAUGAUCAAGACAAAGGAGAUGAUUGUGGACUACAGGGGGAAAAAAAGAGGACAGAGCAUCAUGUUCCUUGGUGUCCACAUCACCAACAAACUAUCAUGGUCCAAACACACCAAGACAGUCAUGAAGAGAGCACGACAAAGCCUAUUCCCCCUCAGGAGACUGAAAAGAUUUGGCAUGGGUCCUCAGAUCCUCAAAAAGUUAUACAGCUGCAUCAUCGAGUGCAUCCUGACUGAUUGCAUCACCGCCUGGUAUGGCAACUACAGAGGGUAGUGCGUACGGCCCAGUACAUCACUGGGGCCAAGCUUCCUGCCAUCCAGGACUUCUAUACCAGGCGGUGUCAGAGGAAGACCCUAAAAAUUGUCAAAGACUCCAGCCACCCUAGUCAUAGACUGUUCUCUCUGUUACCGCAUGGCAAGCGGUACCAGAGCGCCAAGUCUAUGUCCAAAAGGCUUCUUAACAGCUUCUACCUCCAAGCCAUAAGACUCCUGAACAGCUAAUCAUGGCUACCUGGACUAUUUGCAUUGCUCCCCCACCCCCUCUUUUACGCUGCUGCUACUCUGUUUAUUAUCUAUGCAUAGUCACUUUAACUCUACCCACAUUUACAUACUACCUCAAUUACCUCGACUAACCGGCACAUUGACUCUGUACUGGUACCCCCUGUAUAUAGCCUCCCUACUGUUAUUUUAUUUUACUGCUGCUCUUUAAUUAUUUGCUAUUUUUAUUUUUUACUUAUCCAUUUUUAUUAUAACACUUUUUUUAAUUUUCUUAAAAACUGCAUUGUUGGUUAAGGGCUUGUAAGUAUUCAUUUCACUGUAAGGUCUACCUACACCUGUUGUAUUCGGCGCAUAUGGCAAAUAACGUUUGAUUUGAUUUGAUUUGAUUUGAUUGAAUGGUUGUUGUGUUUUUCAGUUGGUGGUCAGCGGAAGAGGGGCAGAAGAGGAGCAGUGGGAGGAAGGUGGCGGGGCAAUAUGCUCAACAAGUACAACAAGAAGCAGAUGCAGGGCAACAAAAACUGGGGGUGUGGUCGGGAGAGAGGGGGAGGGGCCGAGCAGGCCGGGGAGGGGAUGAAGCAGGUAAGGAACAAAGAUGGCUUCCUAAGAUGGCUCUUUAAAAUGCGAUCCAGGCUCUUUUCCAAUUUUUCUUUCCUCGAUUUCUUGCAUCCUCUCUCCUCACCUCCUAGAAGAAGGUCAGAGGGGAGGGACCUUGGAUCUUCUCCAAUGCCGUUUGAGAAGGUGAUGAGGAGAGAAGAUGAGAGGAAUCUAGGAAGGAUUAAUUGAGAAAGAACGCUAGAAUUGUUAGAAUGUACCUCAGUUGGUUUAGGAGUUUAGACCUUGCCUUGUCUUGUGUUUGGUGACCUUGUCUAUAGGAAAGAAAUUAAGGGCCCUCCUGGUGGUUUUCAGAAGAAACGUCAGGGCAAAGAUAGCUUCCUACUAUUAUAUCUAGUAUUGUUACCUUCAGACCUAUACAUGUUGUCCCUUUGAUUGUCUUAUACAAUAGGAGGGACAGGGGAAGGGUCCUGGGGGUUUUCAGAAGAAGCAUCCCAUCAUGAUCAAGGAGUUCAUCAACCAACAUACGGUGGAGCACAUUUACAUUUAAGUCAUUUAGCAGACGCUCUUAUCCAGAGCGACUUACAGUUAGUGAGUGCAUACAUUAUUUUUUAUAUUUUUCAUACUGGCCCCCCGUGGGAAUCGAACUCAUAACCCUGGCGUUGCAAACGCCAUGCUCUACCAACUGAGCUACAUCCCUGCCGGCCAUUCCCUACCCCCUACCCUGGACGAUGCUGGGCCAAUUGUGCGCCGCCCCAUGGGUCUCCCGGUCGCGGCCAGCUACGACAGAGCCUGGAUUCGAAGCAAGAUCUCUAUUGGCACAGCUAGCACUGCGAUGCAGUGCCUUAGACCACUGCGCCACUCGGGAGAUACAUCUGUAAAUACUUCCUGGAGGGACGAUGCAUUAAGGUAAAUACUUCCUGGAGGGAUGAUGCAUUAAGGUGAAUACUUCCUGGAGGGACGAUGCAUUAAGGUAAAUACUUCCUGGAGGGACAAUGCAUUAAGGUACAUACUUCCUGGAGGGACGAUGCAUUAAGGUAAAUACUUCCUGGAGGGACGAUGCAUUAAGGUAAAUACUUCCUGGAGGGACGUUGCAGUAAGGUAAAUACUUCCUGGAGAGACAAUGCAUUAAGGUAAAUACUUCCUGGAGGGACAAUGCAUUAAGGUAAAUACUUCCUGGUGGGACGAUGCAUUAAGGUAAAUACUUCCUGGAGGGACGAUGCAUUAAGGUAAAUACUUCCUGGAGGGACGUUGCAGUAAGGUAAAUACUUCCUGGAGGGAUGAUGCAUUAAGGUAAAUACUUCCUGGAGGGACAAUGCAUUAAGGUAAGACAAGUCAAGUCAGCACCUCUGAGAUGAAUGUAACAACAGAAAUGUAAGAACAGAAAUGUAGAUUACACUACCAAAAGGUCUACAGGUAAAAUGCAUUAUGAUGCACUCAUAAUUCAUUAUAAGCCUUGUCAUAAGUAUCUAUGAACUGCUUAUAUUGUGUUAGUUUCAUGACAGCGCAGAGUAAAUCAAUUCACUUUUAAUGCUGUUAUUCUGAUUUGCUUUUAAAAAACGAUCUUGUACUCUAUCUCUGUCUCUCACACCUCAUACACACCCUCAAACUGUCUUCUCUGUUUCCUCAGGGGGACCAAUGUAUGUUCAAACACGAGCUGGUUACCCUAGACAAGAAGAAGGAGCUGUGUAAAUUCAACCUCCAAGGAUACUGCCUUAAAGGAGACAACUGCAUCUACAUUCACAAUAUCCUUCAAUAUGGAUCACCAGCAAAUAUUCUGGAUUUGUCUGUGUCUUUGAGUGGAAUGAACCUGGGUUGGGGUCAAUUCCAUUUCAUUGUUAAUUCAUGAAGUAAACUGAAAUUCCUAUUUCCUAUUUGAUAAGCAAUGGAUUGGAAUUUUAGUUCCAAUUUAUUCCUGAAAUGACUGGAUUGAAAUGGACCCAAACCCUGGAAUGAACACAUUAUUCCACCUUUAGAAGGUUUACACUUAUCUGAUCAUGGUCAAAGGAGAUGAAUUAGUUCACUUCCCUUAUGUGUUUAGUCAUGAUGACUCAAGGGGUCAGUAGAUGGCCUUCAGAUAUAUUGGCUAGGUUAAAGAUGGAAACAAAUGUCUUUAUAAACCACUGUGUAAUAUGUGUGUUAUAGUAUGUGAGAUAAAUAGGUGAUGUCCUUUAUAGAUAUGCAAUGUAAUAUGUUUAAUAAUAUUUGAGUCUUGAUUCCAGGUUUAAACUUUGAUGUAUUCUUUAUAAUUAUAAUUAGAAAUACAUUAUUGUCCACACAAUGUGGAAAUGUGUCUUUGGGUUCAGCACAUAAAAACAGACAAUUGUAAUACACUUAUUCCUCCAUACUUGUCCUUGACUUGUGGCCGGACGUGAAUAUCCCUGGAAGUUAUUUCAUACUGGAGCCAAGUGUUAUCAGGGAGACAACUGUAAAUUAUUCCACGAUCCUUUGAAUGACGUGACCAAAGACCUGCUUGAUAAGGUAAGAAAAAGUUAAUAAUCAUAAACGCCACAAACUGAAAUAAUAUCGGUCUAAACGUUCUUCUAAACACUAUUGCACUAAGAAUGUAGUGGUUGUGCCUGGAUAUAAAUAGUGACAUUACAGCAAGAUCUGUCAGUAGUCUGAUACCAGAACAGUGGUUAACAAGUCACUAGGUCUCUACCCACGGCCACAAAGUGAAGAGUAUAGCUAUUGCAUCAGAUUGUUUGGUUCAUUUUGUGUCCUACGAAUCAUCUUCAGAUCAUCAACACAGAGGAGGAGAUCGCCCAUGACGAUGAGAUGGAGUUGGAGGACCUGAGGAAACAGGGGAUCGUCCCCCUGCCUAAACCCCCUCCUGGGGUGGGGCUGCUGCCCACGCUGGGCCCCGGUGGUCCUGGGUCUGGAGGUCCUAACCCUGGUCCUUGCCCUGGACCCUCCAGCCCACAGGAGGGGGGAAGUAGUGGGGGGAAUUCUGGGGGAAGAAAUAUCCCCUCUCUGUUUGAGAUCGUGGUUAAGCCUACGGUGGACUUGUCUCAGAAGAUGGCUCAAAGGUAACUACUGUUACCUGACGUGCUCAUGUACUCUUCAAUAAAAUGGAAAGGUUUCUGUUAGCUAUAAAUAACAUAACGAUUUAUGAUUCUAUAUAAUAUAGAACGUUAUAUUGUAAAUCAUAUAUACAGUUGAAGUCGGAAGUUUACAUACACCUUAGCCAAAUAUAUUUAAACUCAGUUUUUCACAAUUCCUGACAUUUAAUCCUAGUAAGAAUUCCCUGUCUUAGGUCAGUUAGGAUCACCACUUUAUUUUAAGAAUGUGAAAUGUCAGAAUAAUAGUGGAGAGAAUGAUAUAUUUCAGCUUUUAUUUUUCAUCACAUUCCCAGUGGGUCAGAAGUUUACAUACACUCAAUUAGUAUUUGGUAGCAUUGCCUUUAAAUUGUUUAACUUGGGUCAAGUGUUUCGGGUAGCCUUCCACAAGCUUCCCACAAUAAGUUGGGUGAAUUUUGGCCCAUUCCUCCUGACAGAGCUGGUGUAACUGAGUUAGGUUUGUAGGCCUCCUUGCUCACACAUGCUUUUUCAGUUCUGCCCACAAAUGUUCUAUAGGAUUGAGGUCAGGGCUUUGUGAUGGCCACUCCAAUACCUUGACUUUGUUGUCCUUAAGGCAUUUUGCCACAACUUUGGAAGUAUGCUUGGGGUCAUUGUCCAUUUGGAAGACCCAUUUGCGACCAAGCUUUAACUUCCUGACCCGAUGUCUUGAGAUGUUGCUUCAAUAUAUCCACAUAAUUUUCCUUCCUCAUGAUGCCAUUUAUAUUGCGAAGUGCACCAGUCCCUCCUGCAGCAAAGCACCCCCACAGCAUGAUGCUGCCACCCCCAUGCUUCACGGUUGGGAUGGUGUUAUUCGGCUUGCAAGAUCCCCCUUUUUCCUCCAAACAUAACGAUGGUCAUUAUGGCCAAACAGUUCUAUUUUUCUUUCAUCAGACCAGAGGACAUUUCUCCAAAAAGUACGUUCUUUGUCCCCAUGUGCAGUUGCCAACCGUAGUCUGGCUUUUUUAUGGCGGUUUUGGAGCAGUGGCUUCUUCCUUGCUGAGCGGCCUUUCAGUUUAUGUUGAUAUAGGACUUGUUUUACUGUGGAUAUAGAUACUUUUGUACCUGUUUCCUCCAGCAUCUUCAUAAGGUCCUUUGCUGUUGUUCUGGGAUUGAUUUGCACCAAAGUACGUUCAUCUCUGGGAGACAGAACGCAUCUCCUUCCUGAGCGGUAUGACGGCUGCGUGGUCCCAUGGUGUUUAUACUUGCGUACUAUUGUUUGUACAGAUGAACGUGGUACCUUCAGGCAUUUGGAAAUUGCUCCCAAGGCUGAACCAGACUUGUGGAGGUCUACAAUUUUUUUUCUGAGUUCUUGGCUGAUUUCUUUUGAUUUUCCCAUGUAUCACAAUUCAAGCAAAGAGGCACUGAGUUUGAAGGUAGGCCUUGAAAUACAUCCACAGGUACACCUCCAAUUGACUCAAAUUAUGUAAAUUAGCCUAUCAGAAGCUUCUAAAGCCAUGACAUCAUUUUCUGGAAUUUUCCAAGCUUUUUAAAGGCACAGUCAACUUAGUGUAUGUAAACUUCUGACACACUGGAAUUGUGAUACAGUGAAUUAUAAGUGAAAUAAUCUGUCUGUAAACAAUUGUUGGAAAAAUUACUUGUGUCAUGCACAAAGCAGAUGUCCUAACCGACUUGCCCAAACUAUAGUGGUUGAAAAACUAGUUUUAAUCCUCCAACCUAAGUGUAUGUAAACUUCCGACUUCAACUGUAUAAUACAUAUAUACAGUGGGGAAAAAAAGUAUUUAGUCAGCCACCAGUUGUGCAUGUUCUCCCACUUAAAAAGAUGAGAGAGGCCUGGAAUUUUCAUCAUAGGUACACGUCAACUAUGACAGACAAAAUGAGAAAAACAAUUCCAGAAAAUCACAUUGUAGGAUUUUUUAUGAAUUUAUUUGCAAAUUAUGGUGGAAAAUAAGUAUUUGGUCAAUAACAAAAGUUUCUCAAUACUUUGUUAUAUACCCAUUGUUGGCAAUGACACAGGUCAAACGUUUUCUGUAAGUCUUCACAAGGUUUUCACACACUGUUGCUGGUAUUUUGGCUCAUUCCUCCAUGCAGAUCUCCUCUAGAGCAGUGAUGUUUUGGGGCUGUCGCUGGGCAACACAGACUUUCAACUCCCUCCAAUGAUUUUCUAUGGGGUUGAGAUCUCGAGACUGGCUAGGCCACUCCAGGACCUUGAAAUGCUUCUUACGAAGCCACUCCUUCGUUGCCCGGGCGGUGUGUUUGGGAUCAUUGUCAUGCUGAAAGACCCAGCCACGUUUCAUCUUCAAUGCCCUUGCUGAUGGAAGGAGGUUUUCACUCAAAAUCUCACGAUACAUGGCCCCAUUCAUUCUUUCCUUUACACGGAUCAGUCGUCCUGGUCCCUUUGCAGAAAAACAGCCCCAAAGCAUGAUGUUUCCACCCCCAUGCUUCACAGUAGGUAUGGUGUUCUUUGGAUGCAACUCAGCAUUCUUUGUCCUCCAAACACGACGAGUUGAGUUUUUACCAAAAAGUUCUAUUUUGGUUUCAUCUGACCAUAUGACAUUCUCCCAAUCCUCUUCUGCAUCAUCCAAAUGCACUCUAGCAAACUUCAGACGGGCCUGGACAUGUACUGGCAGGGGGACACGUCUGGCACUGCAGGAUUUGAGUCCCUGGCGGCGUAGUGUGUUACUGAUGGUAGUCUUUGUUACUUUGGUCCCAGCUCUCUGCAGGUCAUUCACUAGGUCCCCCCGUGUGGUUCUGGGAUUUUUGCUCACCGUUCUUCUGAUCAUUUUGACCCCACGGGGUGAGAUCUUGCGUGGAGCCCCAGAUCGAGGGAGAUUAUCAGUGGUCUUGUAUGUCUUCCAUUUCCUAAUAAUUGCUCCCACAGUUGAUUUCUUCAAACCAAGCUGCUUACCUAUUGCAGAUUCAGUCUUCCCAGCCUGGUGCAGGUCUACAAUUUUGUUUCUGGUGUCCUUUGACAGCUCUUUGGUCUUGACCAUAGUGGAGUUUGGAGUGUGACUGUUUGAGGUUGUGGACAGGUGUCUUUUAUACUGAUAACAAGUUCAAACAGGUGCCAUUAAUACAGGUAACGAGUGGAGGACAGAGGAGCCACUUAAAGAAGAAGUUACAGGUCUGUGAGAGCCAGAAAUCUUGCUUGUUUGUAGGUGACCAAAUACUUAUUUUCCACCAUAAUUUGCAAAUAAAUUCAUUACAAAUCCUACAAUGUGAUUAUCUGGAUUUUUUUUCUAAAUUUGUCUGUCGUAGUUGACGUGUACCUAUGAUGAAAAUUACAGGCCUCUCUCAUCUUUUUAAGUGGGAGAACUUGCACAAUUGGUGGCUGACUAAAUACUUUUUUUCCCCACUGUAUUUGUCUAUAUUCUACGUUAUCCCAUUGAAAUGUAAUUAAAAAAUGACCGGAAUUAAUAAUGCAUAUGUUUUGCGUUGCAGUGGGUCCAAUUUCAACUCUCAGUCCAGAGACCAGUUUCAAGGUGAUGAGUUUGGUGGAGGGGGUCCCAAUGACAACAUGCAGCAGAGUGGACCCAACAGCCCACCCCCUGUCCCCCCUCCGGGAUCUCCCCCUGGCUCCAUGGGGGGUCCCUCUCCUCCCUAUCCAUCUCACACUGGGCCACCAAUGCAGCAACAGCAGAGCCCCCCUGGACAGCACCUCCAACAACAACCACCCCACGGUUUCCCCAUUCCACCACCUCCAGGUAACUACUAGCUUGUUCCCCAUGCCACCACCUCCAGGUAACUACUAGCUUGUUCCCCAUGCCACCACCUAACCCUAACCCUCAUUUGCUGUUUAUUCCUGCCUCCAGGUCCGCCACCGCCCUUCCUGGGUCACCGACCUAAUAUGAACCCCAAUAUGAAUAUGAACUCCAAUAUGAACAUGGACCUCCAGAGACCCCCUCCGCCGUUCCCUCCGUUCCCAGACCCAAUGGAGAUGCUUCAGAACAUGAACACGCCGUUCCAAGCCAUGGGAGUUCUUCAACAACUUCUUCAGGAACCAGGCUCAGGCCAUGGGCCACGGAGGUUGGUAUUACAAUGAUACAUGGAUAAAUGUAUUUUAUAACAGCCAUCAAUUUGGCUGUGAUUGAACUAAGUACACAAUACAGUGCAUUCGUAAAGUAUUCAGACCCCUUGAAUAUUUCCACAUUUUGUUACGUUACAGUUUUAUUCUAAAAUGGAUUAAAUUGUUUUUUUCCCCCUCAUCAAUUUACACACGAUACCCAAUAAUGACAAAGCAAAAACAGGUUUGUAGAAACUUUAGCAAAUGUAUUAAAAAUAAAAAACGGAAAUAACACAUUUACAUUAGUAUUCAGACUCUUUACUCAGUACACCUUUGGCAGCAAUUACAGCAUCAAGUCUUCAUGGGUAUGACGCUACAAGCUUGGCACACCUGUAUCUGGGGAGUUUUCCCCAUUCUUCUCUGCAGAUCCUCUCAAGCUCUGUCCGGUUGGAUGGGGAGCGUCACUGCACAGCUAUUUUCAGGUCUCUCCAGAGAUGUUCGAUCGGGUUCAAGUCCGGGCUCAGGCUGGGCCACUCAAGGACAUUCAGAGACUUGUCCCGAAGCCACUCCUGCGUUGUCUUGGCUGUGUGCUUAGGGUCGUUGUCCUUUUGGAAGGUGAACCUUCAUCCCAGUCUGAAGUCCAGACUGCUCUGGAGCAGGUUUUCAUCAAGGAUCUCUCUGUACUUUACUCUGUUCAUCUUUCCCUCGAUCCUGACUAGUCUCCCAGUCCCUGCCGCUGAAAAACAUCCCACAGCAUGAUGCUGCCACCACCAUGCUUCACCGUAGGGAUGGUGCCAGGUUUCCUCCAGACUUGACGCUUGGCAUUCAGGCCAAAGAGUUCAAUCUUGGUUUCAUCAGACCAAAGAAUCUUGUUUCUCAUGGUCUGAGAGUCUUUAGGUGCUUUGUGGCAAAUGUCAAGCGGACUGUCAUGUGCCUUUUACUGAGGAGUGGCUUCCAUCUGGCCACUACCAUAAAGGUCUGAUUGGUGGAGUGCUGCAGAGAUGGUUGUCCUUCUGGAAGAUUCUCCCAUCUCCACAGAGGAACUCUGGAGCUCUGUCAGAGUGACCAUCGGGUUCUUGGUCACCUCCCUGACCAAGGCCCUUCUCCUCCGAUUGCUCAGUUUGUCCGGGCGGCCAGCUCUAGGAAGAGUCUUGGUGGUUCCAAACUUCUUCCAUUUAAGAAUGGCGGAGGCCACUGUGUUCUUGGGGGACUUCAAUGCUGCAGACAUUUUUUGGUACCCUUCCCCAGAUCUGUGCCUCGAGACAAUCCUGUGUCGGAGCUCUACAGACAAUUACUUCGACCUGAUGGCUUGAUUUUUGCUCUGACAUCCACUGUCAACUGUGGGACCUUAUAAAUGUACAUACAGUGAGGGAAAAAAAGUAUUUGAUCCCCUGCUGAUUUUGUACGUUUGCCCACUGACAACGAAAUGAUCAGUCUAUAAUUUUAAUGGUAGCUUUAUUUGAACAGUGAGAGACAGAAUAACAACAAGAAAAUCCAGAAAAACGCAUGUCAAAAAUGUUAUCAAUUGAUUUGCAUUUUAAUGAGGGAAAUAAGUAUUUGACCCCUCUGCAAGACAUGACUUAGUACUUGGUGGUAAAACCCUUGUUGGCAAUCACAGAGGUCAGACGUUUCUUGUAGUUGGCCACCAGGUUUGCACACAUCUCAGGAAGGAUUUUGUCCCACUCCUCUUUGCAGAUCUUCUCCAAGUCGUUAAGGUUUCGAGGCUGACAUUUGGCAACUCGAACCUUCAGCUCCCUCCACAGAUUUUCUCUGGGAUUAAGGUCUGGAGACUGGCUAGGCCACUCCAGGACCUUAAUGUGCUUCUUCUUGAGCCACUAUUUUGUUGCCUUGGCUGUGUGUUUUGGGUCAUUGUCAUGCUGGAAUACCCAUCCACGACCCAUUUUCAAUGCUCUGGCUGAGGGAAGGAGGUUCUCACCCAAGAUUUGACGGUACAUGGCCCCGUCCAUCGUCCCUUUGAUGUGGUGAAGUUGUCCUGUCCCCUUAGCAGAAAAACACCCCCAAAGCAUAAUGUUUCCACCUCCAUGUUUGACGGUGGGGAUGGUGUUCUUGGGGUCAUGGGCAGAAUUCCUCCUCCUCCAAACUCGGCGAGUUGAGUUGAUGCCAAAGAGCUCGAUUUUGGUCUCAUCUGACCACAACACUUUCACCCAGUUCUCCUCUGAAUCAUUCAGAUGUUCAUUGGCAAACUUCAGAUGGGCAUGCAUAUGUGCUUUCUUGAGCAGGGGGGCCUUACGGGCACUGCAGGAUUUCAGUCCUUCACGGCGUAAUGUGUUACCAAUUGUUUUCUUGGUGAAUAUGGUCCCAGCUGCCUUGAGAUCAUUGACAAGAUCCUCCCGUGUAGUUCUGAGCUGAUUCCUCACCGUUCUCAUGAUCAUUGCAACUCCACGAGGUGAGAUCUUGCAUGGAGCCCCAGGCCGAGGAAGAUUGACAGUUAUUUUGUGUUUCUUCCAUUUGCGAAUAAUCACACCAACUGUUGUCACCUUCUCACCAAGCUGCUUGGCGAUGGUCUUGUAGCCCAUUCCAGCCUUGUGUAGGUCUACAAUCUUGUCCCUGACAUCCUUGGAGAGCUCUUUGGUCUUGGCCAUGGUGGAGAGUUUGGAAUCUGAUUGAUUGAUUGCUUCUGUGGACAGGUGUCUUUUAUACAGGUAACAAGCUGAGUUUAGGAGCACUCCCUUUAAGAGUGUGCUCCUAAUCUCAGCUCGUUACCUGUAUAAAAGACACCUGGGAGCCCGAAAUCUUUCUGAUUGAGAGGGGGUCAAACAUUUAUUUCCCUCAUUAAAAUGCAAAUCAAUUUAUAACAUUUUUGACAUGCGUUUUUCUGGAUUUUUUUGUUGUUAUUCUGUCUCUCACUGUUCAAAUAAACCUACCAUUAAAAUUAUAGACUGAUCAUUUCUUUGUCAGUGGGCAAAUGUACAAAAUCAGCAGGGGAUCAAAUACUUUUUUCCCUCACUGUACAGUUGUGUGCCUUUCCAAAUCAUGUCCAAUCAAUUGAAUGUACCACAGGUGGACUCCAAUCAAGUUGUAGAAACAGGAAGCACCUGAGCACAAUUUAGAGUCUCAUAGCAAAGGGUCUAAAUACUUAUGUAAAUAAGGGAUUUCAGUUGUUUUUAUUUUAUAAAUAUGAAAACAUUCCUUAAAACCUGUUUUCACUUUGUCAUUAUGGGGUAUUGUGUGUAGAUUGAUGAGGGAACAUUUUUGUUUAAUCAAUUUUAGAAUAAGGCUGUAACAUAACAAAAUGUGGAAAAAAGUCAAGGGGUCUAAAUAUUUUCCGAAUGCACUGUAUGUGGGUUUUCAGUCUAAAUUCUCCUCACAAUUCUCAUAUUCUAUUCUGUUGUAUUCUAUUCUGUUGUAGCUUUCCUUUUUUAUAUUCAGUUCUUUCAUUGUGUUAGCAGAUGUUGAUUCAUUAAAACCUCUCAUUCUCUGUUUAUUCCACCCUCUUAUCUCCCCACCUCCUCUCUCCAGUAGGGGGUAAGCCCUUCAGUCAGAACACCUCCCAACAGCAGGGGAGUGCUGUCUCCCAGAUGCUGUCUCAGAUGCAGGACUUACCCCCAUGCAGUACAGUCCCAGAAGCAGGACCUACCCCCUGCAGUACAGUCCCAGAUGCAGGACCUACCCCCUGCAGUACAGUCCCAGAUGCAGGACCUACCCCCUGCAGUACAGUCCCAGAUGCAGGACCUACCCCCUGCAGUACAGUCCCAGAUGCAGGACCUACCCCCUGCAGUACAGUCCCAGAUGCAGGACCUACCCCCUGCAGUACAGUCCCAGAUGCAGGACCUACCCCCUGCAGUGCAGUCCCAGAUGCAGGACCUACCCCCUGCAGUGCAGUCCCAGAUGCAGGACCUACCCCCUGCAGUGCAGUCCCAGAUGCAGGACCUACCCCCUGCAGUGCAGUCCCAGAUGCAGGACCUACCCCCUGCAGUGCAGUCCCAGAUGCAGGACCUACCCCCUGCAGUGCAGUCCCAGAUGCAGGACCUAGCCCCUGCAGUGCAGUCCCAGAUGCAGGACCUACCCCCUGCAGUGCAGUCCCAGAUGCAGGACCUACCCCCUGCAGUACAGUCCCAGAUGCAGGACCUACCCCCUGCAGUACAGUCCCAGAUGCAGGACCUACCCCCUGCAGUACAGUCCCAGAUGCAGGACCUACCCCCUGCAGUGCAGAAGGCCCUGUUCCUACACCAACAGCAGCAGCUACAGCAGGGCAGUGAUCCACAAGGUUUUGAGGAACAAGGUGGCAAGACCCCCAAAACUGAGUGUGAAGGUUUAUUUAGACUUACAGCAAAUUAAAGCAGUCUUGUACUCAUCAGCAAACAUGACCAUUUAACUAGGGUACAUAUUUCACAGAUGUUGCACAAUAUGCUUGGUAAUAUUUUACUUACACUUCUACUGUAUAAUCAUCAUGACAUAACUUAUACUGUAUAAUCAUCAUGACAUAACUUAUACCGUAUUUUCCGCACUAUAAGCCACACUGGACUAUAAGCCGCAGGUGUUUUAAUGUUUAAUUACCAUAUGUAAGGGUUCGUGCACAGAGGGGAUUGUCGGGAAAGAGACAAACUGUCUCGCUCUCGUAAUGUCUGUCUGUCUUGCUCUCGUUCUGUCUCUCGUUCUGUCUCUCGUACCACUCUCGGUUCCACUUUUACUUUUGCGCGCUACCUGUCUCACUCUUUUCCGGCCUCCAGCUUUUCCUGCUGGAGCCCGCCGCUUAAAGGUGGGGGGCGCGGACCGGUCAUAGAGCCCAUAGAGUUAAAGUUGGUGGACUGUAACCUGUAAAAUCCAUAGAUUUAGGAGGUCUUCUAGUGGCCGUUAGCUGUAAAAAUCCAUAGAUUAGCCGCACCGUUAUAUAAGCCGCAGGGUCGAAAAAUGGGAAAAAAGGCUCGGCUUAUAGUCCGAAAAUUACGGUACUGUAUAAUCAUCAUGACAUAACUUCUACUGUAUAAUCAUCAUGACAUAACCUCUACUGUAUAAUCAUCAUGACAUAACUUCUACUGUAUAAUCAUCAUGACAUAACUUCUACUGUAUAAUCAUCAUGACAUAACUUCUACUGUAUAAUCAUCAUGACAUAACUUCUACUGGAUAAUCAUCAUGACAUAACUUCUACUGUAUAAUCAUCAUGACAUAACUUCUACUGUAUAAUCAUCAUGACAUAACCUCUACUGUAUAAUCAUCAUGACAUAACCUCUACUGUAUAAUCAUCAUGACAUAACCUCUACUGUAUAAUCAUCAUGACAUAACCUCCACUGUAUAAUCAUCAUGACAUAACCUCUACUGUAUAAUCAUCAUGACAUAACCUCUACUGUAUAAUCAUCAUGACAUAACUUCUACUGUAUAAUCAUCAUGACAUAACUUCUACUGUAUAAUCAUCAUGACAUAACUUCUACUGUAUAAUCAUCAUGACAUAACCUCUACUGUAUAAUCAUCAUGACAUAACCUCUACUCUAUAAUCAUCAUGACAUAACUUCCAUGCCCUACACCUGUUUGAGAUGACUACUAACUGGUAACUCCAGUGAUGACGAGGAUGGGGACCGUGUCACAGCCAUCCUCGAGUGUCUGAAGAAACAGAAUGAGAAGGACCAGCAGGGGCCACAGUCCACCAAACCACCCUCGGGCCCCAGGUAGCCCCUGGAGACCCUUGCCUCCAGAAGAAGCGGGCCCCACCCAGCGACCCCCGGAUGAAGGCAGCAGACCCCCGCCAGAGACCCCCAGACAACAUGAGGAAAGAGCCCAACUCCAGCGGGGACCCCAGACAGGCCCUGUACCCCAGGAAGGUACAGAUAUCUAGCCUACUGUUUAAUGUCUGUUGUUUUUAAAUUCUGUUUUUUUGUCUGUUACUUUCUAUGUACAUCGAGUUUGUAUUCUGCUAAAUCAAUCUCCUCUAAUAUUAUUAUUAUUAUUAAUUUUUACCACUUUUUUCUCCCCAAUUUCGUGAUAUCCAAUUGCGAUCUUGUCUCAUCGCUCAAACUCCCCAAUGGGCUCAAGGGAGGCGAAAAUCAAGUCAUGCGUCCUCCGAACCUGACCCGCCAAACCGCACUUCUUAACACCCGCCUGCUUAACCCGUAAACCAGCCGCACCUAUGUGUCGGAGGAAACACCGUUCAACUGAGGACGAAGUCAGCCUGCAGGCGCCCGGCCUGCCACAAGAAGUCGCCAGAGCGCGAUGAGCCAAGUAAAGCCCCUCCGGCCAAACCCUCCCCUAACCCGGACGAUGCUGGGCCAAUUGUGCGCCACCCUAUGAGACUCCCGGUCACGGCCGGUUGUGACACAGCCUGGGAUCGAACCCGGGUCUGUACAUUUUACAUUUUAGUAAUUUAGCAGACGCUCUUAUCUAGAGCGACUUACAGUUAGUGAGUGCAUACAUUUUCAUACUGUAGUGACGCUUCAAGCACUGCCUUAGACCGCUGCGCCACUCGGGAGAUCAAUCUCCUUGAUGACAUUAACGUUUUCUAAUCUAAUCUAAUCUAAGGUGAGGCUCCAGGAGCCACACAGCUCCUUCAAACCACAACUCCUUCAGCUCCACCACCAUCACCAGCAGCAGCAGCACAAGGCUUCAGCCAGGGAGGAGGAUGGAGAGAGGGCUGCACUCAUCCCGUUGGAUCCCUGCCCAGGUAUGGCCCUAAUAUUUUCAAGCCUGCUUUUAUUUUGUUGUAGUUGUCAUCUAGCCUAUUAUUUAAUCAUUUUUAUAUUUGUAUUCAUCACAUAAUUCCGAGUCCUGCUGACAUCUGCCAUAUGAAUGAAAUGAAAUGGAAAAUAAUAGAAAACGUUGUUGUCCAUGAAAUUAACUUGAACUUUGAACUUUUAGGGGUAACACUCCGGGAACCGUGCUGCCAGCUGCAGCAGUUCAGCCACAUCCAUGUGGACAUCGUGUUACAGUGCCCGGCCUAUGCCUCGACCGUGGUCUGGUCAGCUGAGGACCUCAACCCCUCACUGGUACCCAAACAGGAGCACUCCAUAAAUAUACCUCUACCGCCACUCAUCGCCGACGCACAGAUGAACCAAACCAACAAUAGGACAAGGAUGAUAUCCCCUGACCACACCUCCUCCAACACCACCACCCCUCCACACAUGGACCCUCGCCUGGUCGCUGUCCGUCUGAAGGAGGGUUUGGUGGGUGUGGGGGUAGGACUAGGCAGGCUCCCCUCCAGGACACUGGAGCCCAGGGGGUCAACAGAGAGGUUGUUGGAUUCCAGGCAACACAAGGCCCUAGGUCAGGACCCCAGGAUAGGUUGGUCAGGUACUCUGGACUCUAAGGUCCCUAUCCUGAGGGAGACAGAGGGAGGAGGUGCUGAAGGAGACCCCAGGCUGCAGAGGAGCAGUGCCUCUUCUUCCUCUUCCUCCAAAACCACUACCUUAACAUUAUCGGCUCCAUCUAAACCUGAGGCUGAGAAGCUGUGUCCGUACGCCCCAGGGCGUCUGUCCUCCUCUGGUGGAGGGUUAGAAAGCCCCACCACCUCCACCCUGCUAGGGGGCAUCAGCCUCUAUGAUCCCAGAAACCAGGCACCGCAGCUGGGCCAGCGGGACGAGACAGAGCCCCCGAGUAAGACUGGGAUCCUCAAACUACCAGCCAUGAGAGAAAACAACACUAACACUCCACCUUCAUCAUCAUCUUUGCUCUCGCCAACCCACCGGUCUGGAGGUCCAUAUCCACACAGGAGGACAGAGGGGGUACUGAGAGCACCAUGGAUGGGUCUGAGUCCAACAGUCCAAAUCCUACCCUCUCCUCUGCUCCCACAGUGAUGACGUCAGGGUCAGAGCCCCCCAGCUCCCCAGUCAAACCCUCCGCCCCCGCUGUCCACCACCUACCCAUCCAAGCCCUAGCAGGCCUGAUCAGGCCCCCCUACACAGACCCCAGACAGGCCAAACAGGUAGAGAAGGAGUCCAAGCAUGAGGAGGAGAAGAUGGAGGAGGAGGAAGCAAAGGAGCAGGAGACAGAAGAUGAUAGGCUGCUCAAAGAGGUAUUCAAGACCUUUGACCCCACUGCUUCCCCCUUCAGUCAGUAA